CUUCACUUAGCAGGAAGGCGGGGUGGAGAGGGGCGCUGAGGGAGGGGGUGGGGGGGGUGGGUGGAGGGAGGAAGUCACGUGGUGCCCACGGCGCGCGCUGUCUGCGCGCGGCGUCCCAUCCGUCGUCCCACCCCCUCGCCUCCCGGCGGGGCGGGGGGCUGGGGGGAGGGGCGUCAAGAUGGCGGCGGGGAGGUAGGCAGAGCCGGACGCCGCUGCCACCGCCGCCGCCGCCGCCGCCUCCGCGCCAGUCGAGUCUGGUCCCUCAAGCCUUCUCCGCCGAACAGGAGCUAUUUGGACGCCGGUUCCCGCGGGGAAAAUGGUGGAGCCAGGGCAAGAUUUACUCCUUGCUGCUUUGAGUGAGAGUGGAAUCAGUCCAAAUGAUCUCUUUGAUAUUGAUGCUGGAGAUGCUGGACUUGCAUCUCCAACACCUACCCCUUCAGUUCAGCAGUCAGUGCCACUUAGUGUAUUAGAACUGGGAUUGGAGACUGAAGUGGCUGUUUCUGUGAAACAUGAACCAGAGACGGUAUCUACACCUACACUACUGAAUGUUAGGCCACAGCCUCCAUCUACUACAACUUUCGUGCUAAAUCAAAUAAAUCAGCUUCCGACCUUGGGAUCUACAAUUGUAAUGACCAAAACUCCACCUGUAACAACAAACAGGCAAACCAUCACUUUAACAAAGUUUAUCCAGACUACUGCAAACACACGCCCUUCAGUGUCAGCACCAGUAGUCCGAAAUGCUGUGACCUCUGCACCUUCAAAAGACCAAGUUCAACUAAAGGAUCUACUGAAAAAUAGCAGCCUGAACGAACUUAUGAAAUUGAAGCCACCAGCUAAUAUUGCUCAGCCGGUUGCAACAGCAGCUACUGAUGUAAGCAAUGGUGCAGUAAAGAAAGAAUCUUCUAAUAAAGAAGUAGCAAGAAUAUGGAUAAAUGACAUGAAGAUGAGGAGUUUUUCCCCAACUAUGAAGGUCCCUGUUGUGAAAGAAGAAGAUGAACCAGAAGAAGAGGAGGAGGAAGAAAUGGGUCAUGCAGAAACUUAUGCAGAGUAUAUGCCAAUAAAAUUAAAAAUUGGACUUCGUCAUCCAGAUGCUGUAGUGGAAACUAGUUCUUUAUCCAGUGUUAAUCCACCCGAUGUUUGGUACAAAACAUCAAUUUCUGAAGAAACCAUCGAUAAUGGCUGGUUGUCAGCACUACAGCUUGAGGCAAUUACAUAUGCAGCACAGCAACAUGAAACAUUUCUCCCUAAUGGAGAUCGAGCUGGAUUUUUGAUAGGUGAUGGUGCUGGUGUAGGAAAAGGAAGGACAAUAGCAGGAAUCAUCUAUGAGAAUUAUUUAUUGAGUAGAAAAAGAGCAUUAUGGUUCAGUGUUUCAAAUGAUUUAAAGUAUGAUGCAGAAAGAGAUUUGAGGGAUAUUGGGGCCAAAAACAUUCUGGUUCAUUCAUUAAAUAAGUUUAAAUAUGGAAAAAUUUCUUCAAAACAUAAUGGGAGCGUGAAAAAGGGUGUUAUAUUUGCUACCUACUCUUCCCUUAUUGGUGAGAGUCAAUCUGGUGGUAAAUAUAAAACCCGAUUAAAGCAACUUCUGCAUUGGUGUGGUGAUGACUUUGAUGGAGUUAUAGUUUUUGAUGAAUGUCAUAAAGCAAAAAACUUAUGUCCUGUUGGUUCUUCAAAGCCAACCAAGACAGGUUUAGCAGUUUUAGAGCUUCAGAACAAAUUGCCAAAAGCCAGAGUUGUUUAUGCUAGUGCCACAGGUGCUUCUGAACCACGAAACAUGGCCUAUAUGAACCGUCUUGGAAUAUGGGGUGAGGGAACUCCAUUUAGAGAAUUCAGUGAUUUUAUUCAAGCAGUAGAAAGGAGAGGUGUUGGUGCCAUGGAAAUAGUUGCUAUGGAUAUGAAACUUAGAGGAAUGUACAUUGCUCGGCAGCUGAGCUUUACUGGAGUGACCUUCAAGAUUGAAGAAGUUCUUCUUUCUCAGAGCUAUGUUAAAAUGUAUAACAAAGCAGUCAAGCUGUGGGUUGUUGCCAGAGAGAGAUUUCAGCAAGCUGCUGAUCUGAUUGAUGCUGAGCAACGGAUGAAGAAAUCUAUGUGGGGUCAGUUUUGGUCUGCUCACCAGAGAUUUUUCAAGUACCUGUGCAUUGCAUCCAAAGUUAAAAGAGUUGUGCAGCUAGCUCGAGAAGAAAUUAAGAAUGGAAAAUGUGUUGUAAUUGGUCUGCAGUCUACAGGAGAAGCUAGAACAUUAGAAGCCUUGGAAGAAGGUGGAGGAGAAUUAAAUGACUUUGUUUCAACUGCCAAAGGUGUGUUGCAGUCACUUAUUGAAAAACACUUCCCUGCUCCAGACAGGAAAAAGCUUUACAGUUUACUAGGAAUUGAUUUGACAGCUCCAAGUAACAACAGUUCACCGAGAGAUAGUCCCUGUAAAGAAAAUAAAACAAAGAAGCGGAAAGGUGAAGAAAUAACCCGAGAAGCCAAAAAAGCACGCAAAGUAGGUGGCCUUGCUGGUAGCAGUUCUGAUGAUAGUGGAAGUGAAUCUGAUGCCUCUGAUCAUGAAGAAAGUGACUACGAAAGCUCAAAAAACAUGAGUUCUGGUGAUGAUGAUGAUUUCAACCCAUUCAGGGAUGAGUCUAGUGAGGAUGAUGAAGAUGAUCCCUGGUUAAUAAGAAAAGACCACAAGAAAAAUAAAGAUAAAAAAAAGAAGAAAAGUAUAGAUCCAGAUUCUAUUCAAAGUGCCUUAUUAGCCUCAGGUCUUGGAUCAAAACGACCUAGUUUUUCCUCCACACCAGUUAUUUCACCUGCUCCUAACACUGCACCAGCCAACAGUAAUACCAACAGUAACAGUAGCCUUAUAACAAGUCAAGAUGCUGUGGAAAGAGCCCAACAAAUGAAGAAAGACCUACUUGAUAAACUAGAAAAAUUAGCUGAAGACCUCCCUCCUAAUACCCUUGAUGAACUUAUUGAUGAACUUGGUGGCCCUGAAAAUGUCGCUGAGAUGACUGGCCGCAAGGGGAGGGUUGUAAGUAAUGAUGAUGGAAGCAUAUCUUAUGAGUCAAGAUCUGAAAUUGAUGUCCCUGUUGAAAUACUCAAUAUCACAGAGAAACAGAGGUUUAUGGAUGGAGAAAAGAACAUUGCUAUCAUCUCAGAAGCUGCCAGCUCAGGUAUUUCCUUACAAGCUGAUAGGAGGGCUAAAAAUCAAAGGCGAAGGGUUCAUAUGACUUUGGAAUUACCUUGGAGUGCUGAUAGAGCAAUUCAGCAGUUUGGACGGACUCAUAGAUCAAAUCAAGUCACUGCUCCCGAGUAUGUCUUUCUGAUUUCAGAAUUGGCAGGAGAACAACGAUUUGCAUCUAUUGUUGCUAAAAGACUUGAAAGUUUGGGGGCACUUACUCAUGGUGAUAGAAGAGCAACAGAAUCUAGAGAUCUGAGCAGGUUCAAUUUUGAUAAUAAGUACGGAAGAAAUGCUUUAGAGAUUGUCAUGAAAUCCAUUGUAAACCUAGAUUCUCCUAUGGUAUCACCACCUCCAGACUAUCCUGGAGAAUUCUUUAAAGAUGUUCGACAAGGACUGAUAGGAGUUGGCCUAAUAAAUGUAGAAGAUCGAUCAGGAAUUCUCACUUUAGAUAAAGAUUACAACAACAUAGGGAAAUUCUUAAAUAGAAUUUUGGGCAUGGAGGUGCACCAACAAAACGCACUGUUUCAGUAUUUUGCAGACACACUUACUGCAGUUGUUCAAAAUGCCAAAAAAAAUGGAAGAUAUGACAUGGGAAUCUUAGACCUUGGUUCUGGAGAUGAGAAAGUGAGGAAAAGUGAUGUUAAGAAGUUUCUUACUCCAGGAUACUCAACUUCUGGCCAUGUAGAGUUAUAUACUAUUAGUGUAGAGAGGGGAAUGUCUUGGGAAGAAGCUACCAAGAUUUGGGCUGAGUUAAGCGGACCAGAUGAUGGCUUCUACUUGUCAUUGCAAAUAAGAAACAACAAGAAAACUGCCAUCCUUGUUAAAGAAGUGAACCCCAAAAAGAAGCUUUUUUUAGUUUACAGACCAAAUACUGGGAAACAACUCAAAUUAGAAAUCUAUGCUGACCUAAAAAAGAAAUAUAAGAAGGUUGUCUCUGAUGAUGCUCUGGUUCACUGGUUAGAUCAGUAUAACUCAUCUGCAGAUACUUGUACACAUGCAUAUUGGCGUGGCAAUUGCAAAAAAGCAAGCUUGGGAUUAGUUUGUGAAAUAGGUCUUCGUUGUCGCACAUAUUAUGUAUUGUGUGGUUCAGUACUAAGUGUCUGGACGAAGGUUGAAGGUGUUCUAGCAUCUGUCAGUGGCACAAAUGUGAAAAUGCAGAUAGUUCGGCUAAGAACAGAGGAUGGACAGCGGAUUGUAGGUUUGAUCAUUCCAGCAAAUUGUGUGUCCCCGCUUGUUAAUCUUCUUUCCACUUCAGACCAGUCUCAACAGCUCGCAGUUCAGCAGAAACAGCUCUGGCAGCAGCGUCACCCACAGAGCAUCGCCAACUUGAGCAACACAUAAGGACACACAGGUUUCAAAAUGGCUGUAUCAGAAAUGCUGUUGAAGCAUAUCAUUUGCAUAAAAAUCAGGGACAGUUUCCAAAGAGAAAAAAUUUUCUUUUUUUCAGUUGUGCUCUCUAGUUCAUUUUGGAGGGAAUAAGGACAAACCUGGAAUAGACAGCAAAACUGAAAAUCAGCAGUGCCGAUGGGGGUACAAGUCUUUCCAUUUGCUUUUCCCAUGGUACUUCCCACAUAUUUUUACUUUGGGUCAGCAGAGGGUCUUCUGUGUACAUGUGUGUCAGUCUGUGAAUUUGUUAAAGAUAAAAACCACAGUUGGUUUAAAAAUGCUUGGAACUUCCCAUACUGGCUUUACUUUUAUGUUCUACAGUGCUCAGGGUUAAUGCAGUCCAUCCAUGCCAUUACUGUGGGGAGUCCUCCCCGGAUGCAUGUAUUUUGAGUCUGUAAGUAUAGGAAAUACAUAAUGGUUUCUUUUUCCAACCUAUUAAAUAGUAGGCUUAUUGAAGCAUGAAAUGAAAGGUUGUAUAUCAUGCAUUCAGGUUCUUUUCUAGUUUUUAUCUGACAGUGCAUGUUUUUGAAAGCAUGCGUAAACAAGAUUAACACAGAACUCAAGUAAUGGAGAGAAACGUUUGUAGAUGUACAGCAUUGGUUAUUGCAUUUUAUAGUGUCUAUACCUGGGUAUUGCUUCUAACCCUGUGAGUCUCUCCCUCUACCCCACACUUAUUCUUCCUGCCCAGGUUUCUGGUCAAAGUAGUGAGUACAUACUUUUUUUGUGAUAAAACUCUUAAAAGGUUCAUUUUAAUGUAUUAAUAGUAUUCCUUCUUACAUGUGUACUGCAAAAAUGGCUACAAGCCUGCUUCUCCUAAAAUGACAUUUUCCUUAUCUUAAAGACAGUUUUAGAAAGAAAUACAAAUUGGCUUCAUCUUACUCUUUUUUUUUUUUUUUGUCUUAAUUUGCUUUGUCACUCAUAAAAAAGGAUGCCAUACUUGAGUUGUAAACUAGACAAUGAGGAGACACUUGAGGCUUCUGCUGUAUGUUUUGUUGUUGUUAUUGUUACCCAGUAACUUGAAUAUUGUUUAUGUGAUGUAAGACAUUGUAGAGUUUAUCUCAAGCUGUUAAAAAUGGUAAUGUACAAAUGUGAAUAGACGCUUAUCUAUAAUAUGGGUAAGUUUUGUUUUGCCUAUAAUGUUUAUAAAACAAAUGAGGGGGACAAGUUUUUGUUUGUUUGUUUCCUCUUUCUUCUUGCUUGCACAAGUUGCACUAUUGAAAAAUUGAGAUUGUAUAAACCUGGUCAAAAGCUGCAAGAUACCACAAUCUUUGCAGAUGUCAAAUAAAAGUUACUAUACUAACAAGAAGUGGACUCUUGUUUAGGCCUGAAUCAUCUUCAGAAGUAGUCUGGAAUGAGAUUUUACAGAAUUUGUACGUUGCUCAGCAUUCUAGAUAGCCUAUUAUUUUGGCUUAAAACUUACCUGUCACAAUUGAGUGGGUAAGGAGGGGUGAAAUAGUAAUACUUUUAGAAUGUUUCUCAAGUUGAAUUGUUCUAUUUUGCUACUUUUUAGUCUUCUCACAGAAUCAGGUUGAGAUAUGUGUGAAAUGAGGAAAAACUUGGAUUUUUGUUUUUAAAAGACUGAAUUUGAUUUUUGUCAAGUUCAUUUUAUUUGACUUUAUUUAUUCUUGAAGCCUGCCUAAGAGAACAAAUUGAGAAUAGGUUCUGUUCUUUGGCAUUCUUUGCCCAGCGGAUGCAACUUUUUUUAUCCUCAGUCUAUUCCCUCUAUCUCAGGCAGUAAUCCAUAUGAAUAUUAAUGUCCCUUAUCAAGACCACUAGACCCACCUGGCCAGGAGUAGAGUUGUCCUGCCUUCAGAAAAACCUCCAGGUUCCUGUCUUUAAACUACCCACUCAGCUUCCAUCAGUAUUCUGUGUGAAAAUAGCUCUGGGGAGAGGAGACAUAACAGACUCAAUUGUAUAACCAAUUGAUGCCGGGAAAGUUAAACUCUCAAAGGCUGUUGGCUCACUAGCCCAGCUUCCCCUUUUUGUGUGUGGAUUUUAUUUUGUUGCCCACGGCAGGUCAUGAUUGUGUUUUUUCUAGCAUCUGGAUUGGGCUUACUGAGCUUGCAAUUAAUUGACCCCAUAAUUUAAUUAAAUAAUCCCCAUAAUACAAUGUUUGCUCUGGGAAAAGCUGUCUUGACACAAAAGGACAUGCGUAUGUUUUUGUUUUUUAUUGAAUGACAUUGUGGGGUGUGGUUUUUGUUUUGUUUUUCCAUUUUUAGUAAGACAAAAACUAUAAGACUUCUGAAAACUCUCCAAGUUGAUGAUCAGUGUAAAUGGAAGGGGAGCUGGGGUGCAAUGUGCCCUCGCCUAUCUUGGGCCUCUCUCUGGAGGUGAACAUAUGACCUUUACACUGUGCCCUUAUCUCAGUCAUCAAGUUCAGUUUGGCUAGCAAGGGAAAACCCAGCAUUCAAGGUCCUCCUCUGUCAAAAAUCAAGUAACUUAACUCUUUCAAACAGGUCCUUGUAUUAAAUAUCUAAAUUCCAUGUCUAAACUCAGGCCUUGUUGAACCCAGUAUGACUCCAUUUGGCCCCUGCAAUGCCUUUUCUUCCUUUCUAGCAAUAUGGCUCUGAGCACAGAGAUUUAAUUAUAAAUCAUGUUAGUGUUUUCAGACUUUUACACUGUAAGUUGUGCAAAAAAAAAAAAAAAAAAAGCAACUCUUUAAGUCCAGAACUGUACAGAAGUUAUCCUAGGGGAAAAUAAAUAUCCCCUAAUUUAGCAGCCUUCAUAUUACAAAGAUCCUUGCCUGCAGUUUAGUGGGAUUAUCUGGUAUAGGUAUCAAUUCAAAUUCCUAAAUAUUAAGAGUGUUUCUUUACAAACAACUUUGUCAAAAAAUAAAUAUCUUAAGCAAUGUUCUCUUUUUGCUGCUAAAUUGCAGAUACACUCUUCCAUAUCUUUACAUUGUAUAUAAAUUAGCAAAAACUUGCAUCCAAAGCAAUGUAGUAAUAUGUGUAUAUCUCUCUAUAUAUAUUUAUUUCAACCCGGUUUAUUAGAGUUCAGAAACCAUUUUGAAUUACAACAGUAAAAGUUGUAGUUUAUCAAGCUCCAGAGAAUAUAGUACAGUACAGGCACAAAUUUCUUAAACUGUAGCCUCUGGAGCAUUCAGUUGCUAGCCAUCAGGUCAUGCCAUUAAAACAACAGGCAAGGCAGGAGACCAUGGUGUCAUUAUAGUUGUAUAAAGGGAGCCUUUCCCCCUGCUUCCUCCACUGUCCAGAUUAGCACAGGGGCAAGCAGAGUGUAGUAGAUUAGAAAUGAUUGACACAACUGUAUUUAUGAGAGAGGGAGCAGAAGGGGGGGGAUGAGUGGAGGAGUUUUUUUUUUUUUUCUUAAUAAGAUAUUAAAAGGGAGGUCCCUAUCCAAAUAGUCUCAUUUUAAAUGAAAGUAAUUGUUAGUUUCUAAGAUGAGUUCUUAGGCUGGGCUUGGAUAGUUGAGGAAUUUAAGUGGCAAAGGCAACCACUGUAAUGGUGGCAUUUGUUGACCACCUACCCUGUAUCUGAGGUCUCCCCAGCCAACACCACACACACACUUUGUUGCUGGAAUGUAGCAAGCAGUCUGUAUUAUGACUACAAGCUGAGAGCAAAAACCAUUGUCUCUUGAGGGCAUGAAGAUGAAGGAACUACUAAAUAUCUGUAGCUCAAGCUAGGUGGUGAUUUCUCAGAGUACUUGAGGUGAAAUCUAAAGCCCACCUGAUUUUAGCUGUGCAUAUAUAUAUAUACAUAUAUAUAUGUAUAUAUAUGUAUGUAUAUAAUGUGUAUAUAUAGAACUUUUCAAUUCUGAAUGUAAAUAUUUCUUGUAAAUUGGGACCCACCCACUUGUUUUUCCCAUUUCCUCCUCCCUUCAAUACUAUUUAUUCUUUUCUUAACUUCUCAUGAGGCAUCUGUUUUUCUCCCCUCCAAAUGUAGAAAUGUAUGGAAAAACUUUAGUUGAUUUAAUGUCUUAGAAUUCAGUUUUGCAUCUUUAGUUUGUAAUUCCUUUGUUUUGUGUUACUACUUUGCAACAUGUUUGAUUAUGUUUUGCUUUUUUUUUUUUAAUUACCAGUUUUUACUGUGUGCAAUGCAUUGUAUUGGGGAGAUGUACUGAGUGCAAUUUCUGAUACUGUUGUUAUGACUAGUAUACUCAUUUAUGUUGCUCUUUGGACGCUGUUGUGAGCCUGAUGUUUUCACAUACAAAUCUUUGCUUCCUCAGACUUCUAUAAGCUCCUCUAACUUCUUCAGUGCUUUUGGGAUCAAACUUAGUUCUGCAGUAGCCCUAGCUUGCUCCUACCCUUAACAGUUUUCAAACCUGCACCAAAUCCUUCAACUGUGUGAGAAAGCUUGCUGAUCCGAAACAGUGACCCUUUUUUAUGACCUGCCACUGCUGCAGAUUGUGUUUCCUUAAGAUUCACAGCCUAAAACAACGAUCAGACAUUUACUCUGCCAGGAACACAGGUUAUGGCUUCUGCUCUAGUAAGGUGGUUUCUAGCAGGCAGGGGCUUGUGUCUGUAGUUUCUGGUGAUAUUAAAGAAUGGAAUUGAAGGGAUAAUUGUCCACGAGAGCAACACAGCUCUUUUUUCCACUGCUAUACAGGUGAAUUCUUCUUUUUUGAUGGGCUGCAGACCUCAUAAUUGAGCUGGGUUGUGGCAUUCUUGGCCAGUGGUGCUGCCAGCAGGCAAGACCAAGUGUGGCUCGUGGAAAUGACAGCAGAUCAACUAGGGGACAAACAUUGUUUCUGUUUACAGAUAUUGAGGAAAGACUGCCAUUCCUCUGUGUACAUGUUUUACUUAUUGCUACUGAACUUGGACAUGUUGGAAAUUUGGAAGUUGUCUGCAUUUAGAUCAGCCUUCAGAAUCUACAUCUUAGAUUAGAGCUGUCGCAGGUUCUCUUAUUAGCCCGCUUUCUUCCUCUGGUGCUCAUGGAGUUGUUCUGCUGGGUGGUUUGCAGCAGCCACCCUCUCAGAUGGUGAGAUGCAGGAUCCGUUGAGGCCAGGACCCCAGUAGUGCAGUCAGCAACAGGAUGCUGCUUGGGAAAAUCAUUGUUUUGAUUAUUCGAUUCAACCUUAGGCUUUUUGAUGGUCAGUCUACUGGCCUCUUAAUGAUAAUCCCUUCCCCAACCCCGCUUUUCUGAUAACCCUGUCCUGAGGGCCUUUCAUGCUGUAACAGUAUUUUCAGCACUGAAGAGGGUAAGGAAGCUUAACCCUUCUUUCUGAAUUCCACUUUAUGGGGCAGAGAGCUUUUUUCUACAUAGCACAUAACAGUCUCACCACAUACAAAAAAAAAAAAAAACAAAAACCAUCCUGUUCAUGGUUUGUACUGAAUUAGCCAACUACUGAUAUUAUUUUUCAAUAACCACUCGUAUCUACCAUCAACCAUGAGAAGUGGGAAGAGGUGCACUGUAUCUCUGCAAUAAAACUUUUGCCAGGUUCUACCUCUGCUGAGCAAAGGCUACUUUUAUAUGUAGGCAUAGAUCUUCCUUUACUAAUCUGACAUGGUGCAUCUUGAGACAACAUAUGAUGGAAUCCAAAGACAAUUUGAAACAAAGGUGGAUGUAAACUCUGUUGGUUUGUUUUAUUUUGUUCUCUUUUUUUAAUAUCCCUUUUUAUAUUGCUACUCUGUUUUGAAUGUCUGUUGGUAUACAAGGGUACGCACUGUUCUGAUAAUACUGCACUGCUUCAUUCAGCCUUCCUUGGUGAUACAGUAACAACUGUCCAGAAACCAUUGUUCCAAUCAUUUUGAUAUGUAACUUUAAAUAGAAUUGGGUCUCAUGCAAUAAAGAUGUAUUGGCUGCAUUUAGUGAGGUUUACCCAUGCAAGUUUAAAAAAAAAAAGAAAAUGAAGCUUAACAAAGUUUGUAUUUAGGUUUCUUUUAUUUUUUUUGUAAGAUUCUUAAAUAAAUUAAACUGCGAAUAUGUUGGUUCUCUUUA